AUGGCCGACUGCUGCACGAGAAAGCAGCUUUGCUACUGCCUUCUUCUGUGCUUCCUGGUGGCGGGGAUCACCGGAGGGGCGAUCGGAAUCCACAAGUGGUACCACUCCGGGCUCAACAGGUGGCACGGGCUAGGCAGCACCCCUGAUUUUCAGAAAAUCAUCCAAGAGCGAUGCGACACCUACCAGCAGCAGAUCUGGUCGUAUUCCAGAAACAGAAACUGCCAAGAGAUCAAGCAGGCAUUCAUGAGUGCAUUCAUUUCCAAGGAUCCCUGCAAAGCGACAAAGGAAGACUACAAACCACUGAUCGACCUGGCAGAUUCCACUGUGCCUUGUGACAAGAGAGUCUUAUGGAGCAAAACAAAGGAGCUGGCUCGUGAAUACGCGAAAGCGCGGGGCCUGGUGACCCUGGAGGACACGCUGCUGGGUUCCCUUGCGGACGACCUCAGCUGGUGUGGAGAGCCAGGCUCUCCUGAUUUGAACACGUGGUCUUGUCCAGACUGGAAGGAAGACUGCAGAACAAACUAUCUUACUGUAUUCUGGGAAGUGCUGUCCAAAAGGUUUGCAGAAAGUGCCUGUGGUACAGUCCAGGUGGUGCUCGACGGGUCGCUCGAGAACGCCUUUAAUGAAAUGAGCAUAUUUGGACGGGUGGAAGCCCCUAACUUGAAGCCAAUGGUUACACUACAGGCUUGGCUGGUACAUGACCCUGGAAAAUCUCCCCGUGACUCAUGCUCUGGCUCCUCUAUAACGAAACUGAGGUCCAUCUUAAGUGAAAGAAAUGUCAGAUUUAUCUGCAGGGAUAAUCUCAGCAUGAUGCUUCGUCCGUGACUCCGCUCUCC